CGGUUUGGAGAAACGCCGUCACUGCGACUCGACGACUCAUUUUCGAGAAACGAAUUGAAUCCUCCGACACACUAUAUAGCCUAGAGGCAAGAGUUUCUGAAUUCGUUCUUCAACAGCACCCUAAAAUCCAGCGAUCUGCGACGACGAAACCGCCAUUUCUGUGUUCCCUAACUCAUUUCCUGUUCAUAUAACCAGGAGGAACGAUUUGGUCAAGGGCUAGCAUCGCGUGGAGAGAUUGUUCCGGGUUACAACAGAGAUUGCAUUUGUGAUCUGAAAGGAUUUGUGCUGAAACCUGACAGUAAACAUUAAAGCAAGCAUUAAAAAUUUAAAAUGCAAGUUGUUCAUAGAGGAGGUGAGAAUGCUAUGGGGGCUUCAAGACCAAUGGAAUGGUCUGCAGUUCCUUACAAUGCUCAAGCACCUGGACCAAUUGGAAAACAGCGGACAUCAAGUCUGGAAUCACCAAUUAUGUUGUUAGCAGGUCACCAGAGUGCUAUAUAUACAAUGAAGUUCAAUCCAGCAGGGACAGUCAUUGCAUCAGGCUCUCAUGACAAAGACAUUUUCCUUUGGAACGUUCAUGGGGAUUGCAAAAACUUCAUGGUCUUGAGAGGGCAUAAGAAUGCAGUCUUGGAUCUUCAAUGGACUACUGAUGGCACCCAGAUUAUAUCAGCCAGUCCUGAUAAGACUUUAAGAGCAUGGGAUGUUGAAACAGGGAAACAGAUAAAAAAGAUGGCAGAACAUUCAUCCUUUGUGAAUUCCUGCUGCACAACCCGUCGAGGUCCUCCCCUUGUUGUUAGUGGGUCUGAUGAUGGUACUGCAAAGCUGUGGGAUCUGCGUCAAAGAGGAGCAAUACAGACAUUUCCAGACAAAUACCAGAUCACAGCUGUUAGUUUCUCUGAUGCAUCUGAUAAGAUAUUCACUGGUGGGAUAGACAAUGAUGUGAAGGUUUGGGAUCUACGUAGGAAUGAGGUUACCAUGACUCUUCAGGGUCAUACGGAUAUGAUAACAGGUAUGCAGUUGAGUCCUGAUGGCUCCUAUCUCCUAACCAAUGGCAUGGAUUGUUCUCUUCGCAUUUGGGAUAUGCGCCCAUAUGCUCCACAGGACCGUUGUGUCAAGAUAUUAACAGGGAAUCUGCACAACAUGGAAAAGAACCUGUUGAAAUGUAGCUGGUCCCCUGAUGGAAGGAAGGUCACUGCUGGUAGUGCAGACCGGAUGGUAUAUAUUUGGGAUACAACUACUCGAAACAUCUUGUAUAGGCUCCCUGGCCACAAUGGAUCUGUAAAUGAGUGUGUCUUCCAUCCCCAUGAACCCAUCAUUGGAUCUUGCAGUAGUGAUAAACAGAUCUUUCUUGGUGAGAUCUGAACUGCAUUUGUAGGACUCAAAACAAAGUUUAGGAGCCAGCUUGAAAAAAAAUGAAGACAUUGGUAAGAUGGAUUUCUGUAAGUUGGAUAAUGAGCGACUAUUUUAACACCUUUGGUGCUUUUUGCGUUUUCUCAUUCAACGGUUGAUGGUGCUCACCUUCUUUUCCAGUGAGACAUCUAUUGUGGAUAAAGCUUUACAGAUGGAUAUGUCAUAUUCACCUAAUUUUGUUCUUCAUAUUCAGGAAUGUCAUUAUGUUAACA